ACAAGACCCGCUCCAAAAAUUUGCCCAUCCGAAACCCUCGCCGCCUCCACCCACCAUGCUGUCGCCGCCGCCGCCGCCGGUGCUGCCGGACGAGCUCCUCGAGGAGGUCUUCUUCCGCCUCCCUCCGGACGAGCCCGAGCACCUCGCGCGCGCCUCCCUCGUCAGCAAGGUCUGGCUCGGCCUCCUCUCCGACCCUCGCUUCCGUGCUCGCUACCGCGACUUCCAUGGAGCGCCCCCCAUGCUCGGCUUCCUUUGUUCCUGGCGCCCCUAUUCCGUCCAUGAGGUGGAAGAUAACAUCCCGCACUUCUUCCCCACCACCAAAUUCCGUGCGCGCAUACCCGAUGACGACUGGGGGGACUGGGGCUACACUGCGUGGGACUGCCGCCACGGCCGCGUUCUCCUCGGCGACCAGUCUUACCAUCCCGUCCCGCUCGUCGUUUGGGACCCCAUGAGCGGCCGCCGGAGGGAGCUGGACCAACCCAGCGAGGUCGGCAGCAGCUAUGGGGCAGCGGUGCUCUGCGCGGUGGCCGGCUGUGACCACCGUGCGUGCCAUGCAGGCCCCUUCCAGGUGGCCUACAUCGGUGUUGAUACGAUUGAAGAAGAUGGCGAAUGUUUUGCGAGCGCAUGCGUGUCCUUGCCGAUGUCGGCUGAUUGGAGCAAGCCGUGCUCUGAAUCUCGUCUUGACAAGUGGGGCGCGCGGUGCUCUGCUCUUCGUGUUGGUGGGUACACUCCAUCCUGGGACGAAAUGGCCCCUGUCUUUGUCGAAGGCGCACUUUACGUCAAUCUCGUGUACUAUCAGGAAGAUGAUCACAUUGCAAUUCUCAAGUAUGACCUGGUAUCUAACUGCUUGUCGCUGAUUGAUGCACCGUUGGCUGGGCCUUUCAAUCUCAAUGCCGCUCUCCUCAUGGCGAUGGGUGAUAACAGUUUGGGGUUUGCACAUGUGGAUAAGGUAACCCUCCACUUGUGGUCAAGACAGGGAGAUCCUGAAGGAAUUGGAUCAUGGACUCAGCGUACAGUCAUCGAUCUUAAUAACCAUCUCCCUAUUCAAAAUCCCAAUAAAAGACUUAGACUGAUUGGAUCUCUGGAGGGCAGUGAUAUCAUUUUCGUGACCAUGGGCCUUGACAUCUACGAGCUUAAUCUCAAAACAUUACGGUGGAAAAAGCUACAGAAGAGUGAAAAGCUUUGUGGUUUGAUUCCGUACAUGAGUUUCUACAAUCCACAAGGAAUGCAGAAUGAUUGGGACAAAGACAAUCUCCUGGUUGGUGCGGUGAGUCUGCAUCAGAUUGCCGAGAGCUCAUGAGCCUGCGCAGGCGGCUUCUGUGCAUGGCCAGUUGCAUAUCGAUGAAGCUGAGAUGAAGUUUGCGGAUCUGGGGACAACGACAAGAUGCUGGAGUGACUGCGUUGCUGGUGGUCACCUUGUUGACAUUCUGUUGCACCAAUGGAUAAUUAGUUCUUCACAGCCGCUGUCCGUUGGGUUGUCAUUAUCCUCCCUUUUGUGUCUGUCCUGGAGUUUUGGCGCUGCAUGUUUGUCAUUUUGAGUUUGUUUUGCCUUUUUCUGUUGUCAUGGUGGGUAUCAGCCUUGUUUCUCUUUUACCUUUUCUUGUUUAGUGGUUUGCUUUCUAGUAAUGGA